CAGGCCAGAGGAGGCGAGAGGCGCAAAGGAGGGGAGAUUUCUCGCCUGCCGCUCGCGCUGGGGCUCGAUGUGAAUAUAUAUUAUGUCUGCCUGUUCUCCCCUCGUCGGUGGCUAAGGUCAGCAGCUCCCAACGGACUCGGGAGGAGGGGGGCAGAAAGGGGAGGGGGGGGUCCGGCGCCUCACGUGACCCCCGCGGGUGCCAAUGUCCGGUCGUGAGGGUAUCAGGCUCUUGCAAGUUGCCACCCACUGCCCGGGCCUCGCCCAGCGAUGCAGAAAGCCACCUACUACGACAACGCCGCGGCAGCACUCUUCGGAAGCUACUCCUCGUACCCUGGCAGCAAUGGCUUCGGCUACGAAGGUCCCCCCCAACCCCCCUUUCAGGCCGCCACGCACCUGGAGGGCGACUACCAGCGCUCGGCGUGCUCCUUGCAGUCCCUGGGCAACGCCGCCCCGCAUGCCAAGAGCAAGGAGCUCAACGGCAGCUGCAUGAGGCCCGGCCUGGCCCCCGAGCCCCUGCCCGCCCCGCCCGGCUCACCCCCGCCCAGCGCCGCACCUACCAGUACCACUAGCAACAGCAAUAAUGGGGGCGGGCCCAGCAAAACCGGCACCCCCAAGUGCGUUCCUGGCUCCAACUCCACCCUCACCAAACAGAUAUUCCCCUGGAUGAAAGAGUCAAGGCAAACGUCCAAGCUGAAAAACAGCUCCCCCGGCACAGCGGAGGGCUGCGGCGGCGGCGGAGGCGGCGGCAGUGGUGGCGGCGGGGGCGGCGGCGGCGGGGGAGGGGACAAGAGCCCCCCGGGGUCGGCGGCGUCCAAGCGCGCGCGGACGGCGUACACGAGCGCGCAGCUGGUGGAGCUGGAGAAGGAGUUCCACUUCAACCGCUACCUGUGCCGGCCGCGCCGCGUGGAGAUGGCCAACCUGCUGAACCUCAGCGAGCGGCAGAUCAAGAUCUGGUUCCAGAACCGGCGCAUGAAGUACAAGAAGGACCAGAAGGCCAAGGGCCUGGCCUCGUCGUCCGGGGGCCCCUCCCCUGCCGGCAGCCCCCCGCAACCCAUGCAGUCCACGGCCGGCUUCAUGAACGCCUUACACUCCAUGACCCCCAGCUACGAGAGCCCGUCCCCGCCCGCCUUCGGCAAAGCCCACCAGAAUGCCUACGCGCUGCCCUCCAACUACCAGCCCCCUCUCAAAGGCUGCGGCGCCCCGCAGAAGUACCCCCCGACUCCGGCGGCCGAUUACGAGCCCCACGUCCUCCAAGCCAACGGGGGCGCCUAUGGGACGCCCACCAUGCAGGGCAGCCCCGUGUACGUGGGCGGGGGCGGCUACGCGGAUCCGCUGCCGCCCCCUGCCGGCCCCUCCCUCUACGGCCUCAACCACCUUUCCCACCACCCCUCGGGGAACCUGGACUACAAUGGGGCGCCCCCUAUGGCCCCCAACCAGCACCACGGACCCUGCGAUCCCCACCCUACCUACACAGACCUCUCCUCUCACCAUGCGCCUCCUCCUCAGGGUAGAAUCCAAGAAGCGCCCAAAUUAACACACCUGUGAUCGGAGAGGG